UUGCUUAAACUUUUUAUCUGAAAAUGAAUUCUAGGCAAAAUCUUUGUUUACCUAUCAACCGCCACAUUUACAUUCUUUCUAACUUCGAAAUUCGAUGAUUCAAGAUGUUCUACUAAGGGCUGUAUACACGAAGAUCCCAAAUGUGUUGUGGCGAUGUGAUGGGUUCGAGUUUUUGUGAAUUGCUAUGUAAAAUUGUUAAAAUAUUUUUUUUUUUGAAAUAGUUAUUAUAAGUAAAAAAGUACCAACUCAUCUUCGAAAGAAAUUUCUUUAAUAUGUUAAAUCAAUCAUCGUAAGUAAUUAAUAACUAAGCCUUAACAGAAAAUAAUAUGGCAACCUCAAUGAAAAUGCGGAAAGAAAAACAAAGAUUAAAUUGACAGUGAUGUCAAAUGAAACAAAUACAUUUUCAGUUUAUUCUUUGAUCGGCCGAGUGAAUGUGGUUUAAUUUUUCGCACAUUUCAAAAGUUAUCAAAUAUAGUAUAUAGAUGUGAGUAAUUGAUUUCAGUUUGAGUGCGUGAAGUAAAAUGACUAUGCUUGUAGUUGUGCAAAAACAUCGGUAAAAUAAAUUUAAUCUAUAAAAGUUGGAAUUUUAUUAAUCAAAUAUAAAACCUGUGGAAAACCGGUUUAGUGUCUGCUGCAUAGCAUUGUUUGCUUUUUUACUGCUGGAAAAAAUCUGCAAUGAUGCUGUAAUAUACAAAAAUAACGCGAAAUUACUAAUAAGUCAAUAAAAGAUUGGUGAAAAGUGUUAAGAGUAUGCAAAGAGAAAGCAAAUCUCUAAAUGUAAACUAAAUAUUUAAAUAACAAAGGCAUUUUUAUAUAAACAAUUAAACCAUUGCUAAGUGAAUAUAAAAUUUACAUAUUAUGCAUGUGGUAUGCAGUGACGUUGCAUGUUAUGCCUGUAUACUCGUAUGUGUGCUGCCGACAGCCCAUUGAAUCAUCAACGCGUUUCUAAAGCCAGAUAAAAGCUGGAACUAUGCUGCAAAUAAUUUAAUCAUCUGGAGCAAUUGCGACUUUAUCACCGCACUGCUAAGUUAAUAUAAAUAUACAUACACAUAUAUACGCGUGUAUGUAUCUGUACGCAUAUAUAAUAUUUAUAUAGCAUCAGAGUCAGUCUACUUUUCGUUCUCUCUAUCAAAACAUUGGCGCAUCCGCCAAACGCUCAACGCAAAAUGUCAGCAAUAACAGUAACUUAUUGCAAAUUAUUUUCGCAACUCGUCAUAUUGUUGAGCAUAAUCAACAUUGUCUAUUCGAAUGAUAUGCUAGUCAGUCUAUCUGAGGGGUUGGAUGGACCCAAUGUUUGCAAGAAGCGUGAGAAUUAUCCCGUCGAAGUAACAACCACCGAAUUGCAGUCAUAUCAGGAGCGUCAAACGGUUUGGUGUCUUAAUGUGCCCCCGCGCUGCUCCUCAUAUCAAAUAAAACAUCGUACGGUUAAUAAAACGCGUACACUUAUGAAAACGCGCAUAGUGCGCGCUUGCUGUGAUGGUUACACUGAAAACCCGAACGGCGAUGGCUGUAUACCGAAGUGUACACACGACUGCGAACAUGGCAAAUGUAUCGCACCGGAGAAGUGUAAAUGCGAACAAGGCUGGGGUGGCGAUACCUGCGAUUUAAAUUGUCCAGCGGGUUAUUGGGGACGUGAUUGCAGCAAGCAGUGCGACUGCUUGAAUAAUGCCACCUGUGACCCGGCUACCGGCGAAUGCGAGUGCGCCAAAGGAUAUCAGGGGGAGAAGUGUGGCGACACAUGUCCGCCAGAUCAUUACGGUGCCAAGUGUAUGGAGGAGUGUCGCUGUGAGAAUGGCGGCAGCUGUCAUCACAUUUCGGGCGAAUGCAGUUGUGCACCCGGUUAUACGGGGCCAUUAUGUGAGAGUUUAUGUCCAGACGGCAAACACGGUGUGCAGUGCAAACAAGAUUGUCGCUGUCAGAAUGACGGCACAUGCGAUCCGCGCAGUGGCGCUUGCCUGUGUCCGCCCGGUUGGACGGGUGACGUUUGCGCCAAUAAAUGUCCGAUUGGUUUCUAUGGCGCACAGUGUAAGGAGCAAUGCGAAUGUUUCAAAGGUGGACCGUGUCAUCACAUCAGCGGCCGCUGUGAAUGCCCACCUGGCUAUUUGGGUGAGCUGUGCUACGACGAGUGUCCGCUCAACACUUACGGCUUGAAUUGUACGGAGAAAUGCAAGUGUCAGAAUGAUGGCGCCUGUGACAAGGCGACAGGCGCUUGUGAAUGUGCGCCCGGCUGGAAAGGCGAUGAUUGCAGCGAACGCAUUUGCACAUUCGACAAGUACGGCGACGAUUGUAAUAAGACGUGUGAUUGUGAUGCGCUCAACACGCACUACUGUCAUCCGGUGACGGGCAAGUGUUACUGCCAGAAUGGCUGGAGCGGCGCACAAUGUAAUCGACCAUGUCCGUUCCUGAAGUAUGGACCGAGUUGUGAAUUGAAUUGUGAGUGUGCGAAUUCGGCGCGUUGUUCGCCCGUCAAUGGCACGUGUAUAUGCGCGCCAGGCUAUCAGGGUGAGCGUUGCGAGGAGCGCUGUCCGGAGGGACGUUACGGACAGGAUUGCGCACAGAAAUGCGAUUGUCGGAAUGGCGCUUUGUGCUCACAUGAGACGGGUCAAUGCAGCUGCACCGCCGGUUGGCGCAACAUCAAAUGCGAUCGUCCGUGCGAUCUGAAUUAUUAUGGUGAAAAUUGUAAAUUUAAGUGUAAUUGCUAUAAUAAUGCCGGCUGUAAUCCACAAAAUGGCACUUGCACUUGCGCCCCCGGUUGGAUGGGUGAGAAGUGCGAUCAGAAAUGCGAGCCGUUCACCUUUGGUCUCGGCUGCGAGUUGCAAUGCGAAUGUGAUGUGAAUAAUACGAUCGCCUGUGAUUCUGCGAGCGGGAAGUGUGUCUGCAAGCAGGGUUUGGGAGGUGUACAUUGCGAAACCAAUUGUCCCGUUGGCUAUUAUGGUGAAAAUUGUGAUCAAGUUUGCAGAUGCCUGAACAACUCUUCCUGCGAUCCCGAUACUGGACGUUGUAUUUGUGCGGCUGGCUGGACUGGCAUUGACUGUUCAGAGCCGUGUUCGCAUGGCUUCUUCGGCGUUGGCUGUAAGGAACGCUGUCCCGAUUCGGCGCAAAAUAAUACCAGCUGCGAUCACAUUACCGGUGAGAUUGUCUGCCGUCCCGGCUAUAUUGGUUUGACCUGUAAGCAUCCCUGUCCGAACGGUUACUAUGGUCCUGGCUGUAAGAAUAAAUGUCAUUGUGAAAAUGGCGGCGAGUGUAAUCACGUAUCCGGCCAAUGCUUGUGCUUGCCGGGUUGGACUGGCGCCAAUUGUAACAUUUCUUGUCCGGAUGAAUACUACGGUCCCAAUUGUGCACAACACUGUCGUUGCCAAAAUGGUGGCACUUGUCGCAAGAAUGAUGGUUUCUGUGUUUGUCCAGCCGGCUGGAUGGGUACACGUUGUGAAGAAGUCUGUCCCGAAGGUUUCUACGGCAAACACUGCAUCACUCAAUGCGAAUGUCCAUCACAGAACUUCGUCUGCCACAUUGCUGUCGGCUGUGUUUGCCGCAAGGGUUAUACCGGCGACAAUUGUGAUAGGCUGUUGGCGGAAGAACGCAUACAAGAGGCACAGGCGGGAUCCAAUCGUUCAGCCGUCAUCUGGGGUUCAUUCAUAUUCCUCAUUUUAUGCGGCAUAAUUAUGGCACUGGUAUUCUAUUAUCGUCGUCGUGUCUCGAAUUUGAAAACUGAAAUCCAACAUGUGCAGUAUAUAAGCGAUCCAAGCCAGAAUAGGGUAGGUCGGCAUAAUUUCGAUAAUCCCGUUUACGGUUUCCCAGAGCAACAGCAACAACAACGCUUACUCAACAAGAUGCGCCCACAUAUCAAUAAUUUGGGGCGAUGUGAUUUAUACAAUUAUAACUCAAAUUCCAGCACCGGAUCUGCUUCGUAUUCUGGCAACAUUUCCGAUGAUAAGUUUGUCAAGAAUUUUAAUGCCGAUCUCACCAAUCCGAAUAUAGAUUAUGCGUAUGAAGAUCCCUUGAAAGUGGAGCAUGUUUACGAUGAAAUCAAGCAGAAAGAGGGUUACAAUAAUCCCGUCAAAGUCUAUUGCAAGAAACUAUUUCCUGAGGGUAAGAAAACGAAUUCAAGCCAACUAUAUGUGAUCUGGUAUGAGUACGACCACUUGGAUUACUCGCGGCCGAGUACGUCGCAGAAGACGCACUAUCAUCGCAUGAACGACACGACGCUCAAUAUAAAUCGCGACGAAGAGAAACCGAACAACUUCAAAGCAAUGGACCAACUGUUAGAGAAGCCAAACGCUGCAAAUGGCAAUGCACUGACGGCAUUCGAGGAAGCGCCAGAAGAAGAAGAAGCCUCAACGUCUCUGGCAGCACUUACCAAGCAAUAUCUGGCAAGUGCUGAGGAUACGACAAGUGAUAGCAUUUGCGAUAAUGCAUCGACUGCCUCACCCAGUUCCAGUCAAGCUAUAUAAAUAUGUUCAUCGGGAGCAAUUUUUGUGCAUACAUACAGACAUAUAUAUAUAUAAAUAUUUUUUAAAUGCGUUCAAUUAUAUUUGCUAAGCAGUUUUGUAGAAAUAUGCAAUUUAUGCAGCGUGAACUCUAAAAAUUCGUCAAAUUGCUCGGGUUUGCGAACGAAAUUUUUUUAAAAUUAUUUUUUAUAUGAAAUAGCUGCAAGCAAUACAUAUUAUGCAAUAAUUAAUUUCUGCAAGAAUUUUGGUGAUUUUUACUGUUUUUAUAAUUAUUUUUAACAUAUUCAGCGCUUGCCUUGUUGUUGUGUCAACGUAAAAAUUUUUUUUUGGCGAUUUCUAGAGUUCACGCUCAGGAUAUGCAAGAGUCACGCUCUCAUAUUUUUAUGCAGCACCACACGUUUUCAUGAGUGUAGGUGUGAAUCACGACGCGUGUCAUACAUAUUUAUACAUAUGUAGAUAUUUUCAAUUUGUCUAUUAUUUAUUCACUUGUAUGUUUAUGUAUUUGGAACUGAUGAGUAUAUUAUUACACCUAUAUAUUUGUAUAUUUCUAUGCUCGAAUAAUAUUUGUAUAUUUUUAAAGCUUUUAUUUCUAAUAUAAAUUCAUUUAAAGCAGCGAAAAACUAAUUAGCGAAAUAUUUAUAAUUUGAGACGGCAAAUUAUUAAAAAAAAAAUUUUAGUUAAUUUUUUGUUUUAAUCAAUUUUAUUUUAAUUGUUUUUAUAUUUUUUAAUCAAUAAUUAAUAACUUUUUAAAUUUAUUUACGAUUUUGUUUAAAUAUUUUUUUAUAUAUUAAUCAUAAAUAAUCAAUAUUAUUUUUUUAUAUAUUUUAAUCAAUACAAUUUGAAUUUUUUAUUUCUUUCAAAUUGAUUUUUCUUUAUUUUUUAAUUUUUUUAAAUUUUUUUAGUUUAAUAGAUAUACAUAUAUUAUAUACUAAUACUUUUUUAUUUACGUUUUUUUUUUUUAAUAUUUUUUUGUAUGUAUAUUUUUUUAUAUUUUACAAUUUUUUUUAGUUCUUAUAUUUUUUAAAUAAAAAAAAUGUUUAUAUUUUUUUGUUUUCGUUUAUAUUAAUUUUUAUUUUUUUAUUAUUUUUAGCAUUUUUAAUUUAAGAAUCAAAACAGACUUUUGCAUGUUUCAAAGUUAAGGCGUAUGUAUGGUCGCAUCGGCAUCUGUUGUGUGAUUGAUAUUUUUAUAAUUAGUGAUAGUGUGUUGUUUUAGAUACAUACAACAAUAUAUUAUCGUCGCAUAUACAUGCCCAUAAAAUUAUGAUAUUUACACAAUUUAAUGCAAUUACAUUUCUAAAAGAAAACUUUUACAAAAGCUUGUACAGUGCAAAAUGUAAACAUUUUUCGGAAAAAAUUAUAACUAAUAAAAAAGAUUUUUCAAAAACCGGCAAAAAUUUAAAUAAAGUUCAAAAUUAGAUAAAUUGAAAAAAAAAACUAAAUCAAGAAAAAUUGUUAUUGUACGCAAAAUUAUAUAAAUUUAAACUAAUUAAAAAAGUUAAAAUUUUUUUUAAUAAAUAAAAAUUAUAAUGAAAAAAAAAUUCACAAUUUGGAAACUAUUAUCAUGCCUAGAAACAAACCAAAAUAUGAAUAAAAUAGAAUUCCAAAUUUGAAAAACUUGGAAUAUUUUUUAGAAACAAGCAACUUGAAAAAUAAUUAUGCCGACAUUAAAUAAAAAUAAUCGAAAGACAUAUAAAAUGUUUGCUUUUUAGGCAUCCAAAUCGAAACACUUUGCUCAAUUUUUUGAAACGAAACGCAAUAAUUAUAAAAAUUAAUAUACUUACUUGUACUGUAAACACAAAUACAUACAUAAAUGUUGUCAGUUAUAUAACGAGUACCUCUUCCCAAUAAAAAGCAAAAAGAAAAUAUAUAUAAACAAUUAUAUAGUGUAAUGUAUACAUAAAGUAUUUAAAUUAAAUAUAACACCACAUAUCUUUCAAAAUUAAAAAUUAUAUAUUUACAAGUGCAUAUAAGGAAACAUACAUACCUAUGUAAAUACGUAUGUACGCAAAUUAAUGAGUGAGAAGCAGCAAUAAUUGAAACUAGAUAUUCAACAAUUUUCGAACAGUUUUGUGCAAAAAAAAUUAAAAGAAAUUUACGAAAAUAAAAAUUGAAUAGCAACAAAAGGAACCAAACGAAACUUCAAACAAUACAAUUACAAAAUAUUCGGCAUAGAAAACAUAAAACCCUUGCAAUCAGGUUUAAAGUAUUAAAAAUCUAAUUGAAAUUAAAAUAUUAGGGUGUUAAAUAAAAAAAUAUAUACAUUAUAUUAAAAUUGAUAAAAAUUACAAAUAUACAUAUACAAAAAAACAUACAUAUGUGAAACAUUUCCAACAACUUUUUUUUUAUUUUUUAUGAAUGUGAACAAUAUUUUGUAAAAUUUUUAAACCCCUAGUAUAAGAUUUACAAAGUAAAAAAAAAAUCAUAAUAAUUUUCAUGCGCCAAAUUUUAAAAAUAAACCUAUGUUUAGUAAUUGUUUGUAAGGUAUAUAUACUUCUAUAUGUUAAAAAAUUAAGUUAUUUCAUACCUAUAAAUAUAAUUUAGAAAAACAAAGAAUCAUUCGAGUGAGAAGCUACAAGAAAAUGCAAAGCAUAUUACAUAAUUUACAAUUCAUAAGAAGAAGAAGAAGCAUAUAAAACCAGCAAUCAGCACUUUGGUGUGAAUAUUAAACAACAUUUAGCAGCCAUAUUGCAGCAUUUUCAAAUUGAAGCCCUGUGGCGCCCACUAUAUUUUCUAUAUAUAAAAUAUAUUAUAUAAAUAUAUAUUUUGUGUGCGAAAUAAUUGUGUUUAUUACGAAUUACUAGUACUCGUAGAUACAUAUUGUACAAUAGAGAAUAUGUUUAUUGUAAAUUAAUAAAUAUUUUUAAACAAAAACAA